AUGGCCCCGGCACCGCGCACCAGAUACACCAAGGGCAAUCUCGUUGUAGAUACCCCUGCCACCGACGAUGGUACCGAUAUUGACGAGCGUACUCAUCUGCUUGGGCCCAAGGAUUCAAGCAGUCAGAGCCGCAAGUCCUCGCUGACCGGCUCUCGCGAGGCUACUCUUCUGCUACGCAGACGUAGUAGCACAAGCAGCGACAAGAAUCGACCAUUGCCUCUCCGAUCAAACACUGCCGACCUGCGCCAGCACCUGAAACAUCUUGGCCCAAGCAACGUUGCAAGCCGUCCAAAGGCCACCAAAUACACUUCUGUCAAGAUCAAACCCGGUGUAGGAACCAUUCCUGAAAACCAUGUACCCACCCCUGCCUCAAUUCAAGAAGCAGAGUCUAGUCAGGCAGGCACUCCCCAGACGGUCAUCAACGGUGAUUCAUCUAGGCCUGAAGGCGGCAUCGGUGCCGGCCUUGUCGGCUCAGCUGCUCUUGACGCUCAAGACGGAGCACACGCCGUCGCUCAUGGAUAUGGUACAAUCUCGCCUGGUUCCAAGAACCCUUCAAUCCAUGAAGAAUCUGAGGUGCAGGCCGAGCACAACUUGUCUUCGCCCAAGCCUAUGACCGCUAGCGAAGCCUCUGCUUUUGCUGAUAGUCACACUGCAGCAAAGCUUGGAUCCAAGGAAAACGAUGAACAUGAGCAGGAGCAGCAGAACAAGCAGCGGAACGGUACCCACAAUUCUUCCGAGCAAGAACAACCUGACUUGCCUCAAAAGCUGGUCGUGCAAGGAGGCACUUCUCGCCCCAUUUCUCGGGACAGAAGAGGUUCGGGAUCGUCACACUCCACGUUAGGAGAAAUGGAAGACCGACCUGGAAUCAGAUCUCGUCGUGCCGUGCGAUCCGGAAGCAUCACUGAGAACAUUGUCGACGUGAACGGUAUGAAGAAGGUUGUCCUGGAAGCCAACAGCUCGCACCAAAAGAAGAAGAAGAAGAAGCGCGCCGGCAAGAAAUUCCGCAACAAGGGCGACUCUGUCAAGAGCCGCAGCGGCGACAGCACUCCUUUGUUGAACCAGGGUGAUCGUUAA